AUGGCAGAUAACGAUAACCCCGGCAAUUUCGCUAACCGACCCAAAGAAGAGGUUCAGAACAUUGCUUCCAAGGGUGGACAAGCCAGCCACAGCGGCGGCUUCGCUUCUAUGGACCCUGAUAAGCAGCGCAACAUAGCUUCUCAAGGAGGAAAAGCCUCGGGAGGAUCUUUUGAACCUGGCAGUGAGAAAGCUCGCGAGGCGGGCCGCAAGGGCGGCUCUCAGUGA